AUGAAGAAAAUUAGAGGCAGCAAUAACAGUAACAACAAAGGCAAAAAUGAAGGUAGGCAAAGUAGAAGAGAGAACAAAUCUGAAGGAAUUGAUUACAUAAGCCACUUACCAGAAGCAAUUAUACUUCAUAUCCUCUCAUUCCUGCCUUUAAAGGAGUUGGUUGCAGUAAGCUUUUUAUCAAGACUCUGGAAAAGCAUGGUACUGGCCCUCAUCUCAAUGGUACCAUCAAACUUAAAUCUUGAUGAAAUUAAGAUGAUGGGAAAAUAUGUAUGUAGGAGAGAAAUCUGCUAUCCCGAAUAUGGCGAUGGUCAUACCCCCAAUAGUGCUCAUCAAUGCCUAUGCCAUUCAGUACGAGCAGCAAGGAGGAAAUUCGAGGAGUUUGUGGACCGAACUCUCCUGCUUCACACUGGAUGCACCAUUGAGAAAUUACGAUUAUCUAUUUGUUAUGACCAAAACAUGCCACUAAAAGACUCUACUGAGACUUAUGAUGCACACAAUGAAUACACCAAAAGAAUUGACAAGUGGGUUCAAUUUGCUUUUAGAAAUAACAUAAAAAAUUUGGAAUUAGACUUUUCCAAAGGGAAAAUGUUUGAGCCCACAGGCUGGGAUAAAAUAUAUGACAUGCCUCAUGGCAAUUUUGCACCCAAAAACUUGAAAACUUUUAUUCUCAACUACUGCAAGCUAAGACCAUCUAUUUUUGUAGUUUUUGGUUCUCUUCAAAGGUUAUCUUUUAAGCAGGUGAAAAUUUUUGGCUGCUCGGUACUGACAAUAGGAGAGCUUGUAGCCAAAUGUCCCACUCUGGAAGACUUAAGCCUGGAAUACUGUAUUAUUCCUAAUGACUUUAUGGUAAGUGACCAAGACAUGAAGAUCAAAAGAUUGUCACUGAUCAACUGUAAAACAGAUGAGUGGCCCAUGUUUCCUAUAGAAAUAUCAGCUCCAGACUUAUUGAUGCUGACUAUGGUAGGAGUAUACCUUAUGAACUCAACCGUUCGAAAAGCAUUGCAUCUAGCCGAUGUUGUAAUCGACAUUAAACAGAAAUAUGGAGACCAUAUACAAGGAGAUGCUCUAGGUAUACUGCUGACUAGUCUAAAACAUUGCCAAACUCUUACAUUGAGCACUUGGUGCAUUCAGGUUCUCCCUACUGGUGAAAAUUUGCUACAGCAAUUGCCAAUUCAACUCCUAAAUCUUAGGCAGUUAAAAAUUGUAGUGGGCUUAACAAAACAAGAAUAUCCUGGAAUAGCUUGCCUAUUAAGGAGUUGCCCCAAAAUGGAGAGAUUGACUCUAGAUAUGCGUAGACCUAUGAAUGUUGUUUGGAAUGCACUCCAAGAUUUCAUUCCAAACAUAUUUGACUUUGAAGAGCACAGCUAUUGGCAAUCACAAAAUCUGCCAUACCAGUGCCUGCAACACAGUCUUAAGAAAGUCGAGGUGAAUGGGUUUGUUGGAAGAAGCAAUGAGAUGAAGAUGAUUCAGUUUUUACUGGAAAAUGCAAGAGUACUUGAAAAGAUGGUCAUCUCCUUCAUUGGAAGGAACGCUUUUGCAGCGAGCACCCAGCAACAACAAAAUAAUUAUAUGCAACUCCAGAACAAUUCACUUCAGCUGUUAAAUUUCCCAAGGGCAUCUUCUCAAGCUCAAAUAGAAAUUUUUGGAAACCCUUACAACAACACCAUGUGAUAUUUUCUAGAAUUCUCUUAGACCUUGUCCAUUGUCCUGAAGUAUAUCAUCAUCAAGCAUAUCUUCAACAUGAAGAAUAUGACCGUCCUAUUUUCAGUCUUUGAAAGGUUUUAGGUGCCAUAUGCAGAGUUGUCUGUGUUUCUGUGUGUCAAAUCUGAUAUAAACUUCUUCUUUGCACAACUGGAAAUCAAUUAAUAUUCUCUAGUCUAUUUUAAAUUGAUUCUAGCCAAGAGGUAAUCCAUAAGAAAUCACUUUCAAUAUCUUGGCCUAUCAUCCACUGGCAAGAAAGAUCUCAUCUGAAGGGAAAUGGGUGUAUUAUAUUUGUGUUCCAGAAGGGCUGGUAUGCCUCCAAAAACAAACAAACAAAAAUAGAUUAUACUGAAAAUUUAAGAUUUUGAGACAUAUGAGCGUUAACACAAGAAAAAAUUAUCCAUGAAAUACAUUCAUAAAAAGUCAGAGGUGCCACCAAUCAAAGAUAGAAUAAGGGAAACUCUUGGUUCCUUCUUUUGCAAUUAUAACUAGCGAAUGAAUAGGAUUGGAGGCAUUGUGAGAAAGACACAAGGAUGCAUAACAUCAAGUCUAUUUGUAUAUAGACUUGUGAGGAGAAGAAGAAUGCUGACAAUAAUAAGAAUAAGUAGAAGCUGA